AUGAGCCAGACUGCAGACACCAUAGACUCUUCGCAUUGGCGCACAGAAUUGCAGAGGCUCGUUAGUGCGCUCAUUGUGCCUGAUGAACUGCAGUGGAAGAGUAUUGGGCGCAAAGAUACAACAUCCUACAUGCCACGAAUAUUAGAUAAGAUCAAGUCCAGGUGGGCUCGAAUCAUCGAAGGCCCGUCAACUGAAGUCGACGUUAAUGUACGGCGACAGGCGUUCAAUGCUUUCCGAACCGUCAUCAGAGAACAUUCAGCAGAUAUUCAGUCUGAUGAACCGCCACCUGUAUUUGAUUUCUUGCAACGCGGGUUCAAUGACAAGGACCGUUCUGUCAGAGUCGAUGCUGGGUACGAAACCCUUUACCUGGGGAUAAACAGCUUACUUGAAUCAGGUGUGAAGGAUGCAGUAAAGGAAACGCUGCUGGUUAGUAUCGGUUCUAUUGGGCGCGAUGCUCAGUUUGAGCUUCUUGGAUUAGUUGUCCACUGUUUGAUAUCCCAACUGGGCCAAGAUAAUCAUGUAUUGAAAGGCUUAGCGUACACACAGCUUUUGGAGAUAGCGAAAGCACAAAUGAAAUCCCCUUACAUUCUUGUCUCACCAUACCUCUCUCAGGUCGCAACAUUCGUCGUCUCCCGGAAAUGUACGAACCCAAUGCUCAUAUUCGAGACGUGUCGAUUUCUAUCUGUGCAUCCAACCGAUUUUAUCAGUGUCACGCUACCCAAAACUCUUCCGUAUCUCUUUGCUAACUCCGAAGCGAAGAUCAUAGAGGAGAUUUCGGAGGAUCUCAGGCAAACUAUUUUGUCACUGUUCAUGGACCAUUCUCACCAGAUCCUUGCUUAUGUGUAUCAACAACAUGGGCCAGCACAAACGACUGGGUCUUUGACGUUCAUUAGGAACAUAAUUUUUAGGGGUGCCGAGUCCAAGUCUGCUGAUCUCACCGUCAGAGGCAUGGUCCAGAGCUGUGUGGUGGCAUUGCUUGCAGAACUAGUUGUGGUCCUAGGACAUGAACAUGAAGAACGGGCUGCCUUGGCAGUGGAUGCUUUGCGAAAAGUCCAGCGGUCAAUAACGGACGAUACCGAACUCGAAAUGUCUCUGUUCCUCAAGACGUACAUGCUUGGGAUUGUAUCCAACUUGAAUGAGAUGCUACAAGAUGUUCACGGCAAGAAAUCAUUUCCAGCAAAGAAGCAGAUUCUACGCGGUCUAGAAGCACUGAUCGUCCAAAUCGGACCUCUUGUAAACGAGGUUUCCCCUCAGAUUAUGGCUACCCUGCAAACUAUGUUUCUGGUCCCCGAACUUGCUGAAGUCACCUUGUCUACGUGGUACACAUUUCUAUCCACGUUGAAUGUCGAGGACGUUAUUCCGCAUAUUGGCACUACUAGCGCAGCCAUUGUUUCUGCCUGGUCUGCUUUAUCUCCCUCUGUACGGGAAUCCGCCAAGAAGUGUUUGCAUCAUAUCGUCUUUGAUGUUGGAAGCACCGUCAGAAAUGACGCAAAGGCACAUCUAAACGAGGUCGUGGACCUCGGUCAUAUCCCAGAACUUUCUGAAAUACACAUUCAACUUCAAAGUGUUCGCAUCUGGGAUCUGCAUGCGCAACUCCAGAAGAUUUUAGAUCGGUGCUCCAGUAACAACAUUACAGUAGCUCAGGUGGCUCUCGCUGAACUCCAAAACUUCAUGAAGAACAAUCAAGCCUCGCUUAUACAGAACCUUGCAGCGGGCGACGCAUUUGAUCCCUUAAUUGGAAGUAUACAAUUGACCUUGUUUCAGGUUGUCACUCGUGAUGGAGAGGGCUCUGACACUCUGCGACGAUUGGCGUUUGAAUGCAUGGGAAUUUUGGGGGCGGUUGAUCCAGAUCGUUGCGACCUUAAUUCGACAGACACAAAAAUGAUCGUGCGGAAUAACUUUGAAGAUGACGCAGAAGCAAAAUUGUUUGCUCUGCACGUCAUCCAGGACGUUCUCCUGGAUGCCUUCCGGUCCACUAGCGACAUAAAGUAUCAAGGACACCUCGCCUACACGAUACAAGAACUCUUGUUCUUAUGCGAGUUCACGCCUGCCCUGGUGGUCCGUAACAGGUGGAACGGGCUCCCAAAGCAUGUGCUUGAAACGGUUUCUCCACUCUUGGCGGGCAAAUUCAAAGCUUCGCAUAAGGAAUUGCCUGAUCUCCCUUCGCCCAUUUACCCUCAUCAGAAGACUUAUCGAGAGUGGGUACAGCUAUGGACAGCUCAUCUAAUAACCAAAGCAUCCAAUGAUAUGGCGCAGAAGAUUUUCGGGGUCUUUCGCUCAGCAGUGCGUAACAAGGAUGUUGGCGUCGCUCACCACAUACUGCCUCACCUCGUAUUGAACAUCCUUGCCUCUGAGAACGAAGAAGAUACCGGCUGCAUUAUCGAGGAAUUAACAGCUGUUUUGAAAGAUCAAGUGGCUUCUGAUAGUUCGUCAACUCCGGACAAGAAGUUCCUCAGUGCACAGGCUGUUUUCACGUUGUUAGACCACCUCAGCGCAUAUGUGCGAGUCCAGCGACAGGAUCUACCGAAAAAAGUCGAGGGCAGAAGAUCACGAGGAAAUUCUGAAUUUGCGAUACGUCAGCAGCAGCUUAUCCGGGUCGAUUCAGUACUCUCUAGCAUCGACCAUGAACUCAUGGCUAAAGCGGCGCUGCAGUGUCGAGCUCACGCUCGCUCACUUAUGAACUUUGAGAAGCAGAUAGUCUCAAUGAGAGAGCGACAACCUCCUCCUCCUGCAACGGAUUUCACACCCUAUUAUGAACGCCUUCACGAGAUUUACGCACAGCUUGACCAACCAGAUGGAAUGGAGGGCAUAUCGACGUUGAUCUUGUCCCCUUCAUUGGAACAUCAAAUCCGUCAACACGAAAGUACUGGACGCUGGACUGCUGCUCAGAGUUGUUGGGAAGUCCGCCUCCAGCAGCAGCCUGACAAUUUAGACUUCCAUCUUGGACUCCUUCGAUGUUUGCGCAACCUUGGACAUUAUGAUACGCUCCGCACGCAUGUCCAGGGUGUUCUCGUUAGAAACCCAGGGUGGCAGUCGGUUUUAGCAGAUUUCCAGGUCGAAAGCGCGUGGAUGAUAGGAGCAUGGGAUGACGUUCAUAACAUCACAGCGAAUAUAGAACACGAAGGCCCUUCCGUAGUUAAAGCUCGAGUUCUUCUUGCUAUGCGGUCUGGUGAACCUUUACAGGUCGAAGAAAGUCUUAGGAAAGCACGCCUUGUCCUUGGUGCUCCAAUUGCUGCUUCUGGGCCAAGUGGGCAUCGUCGUGCUUAUGACGCUCUGGUUGAUCUCCACAUGAUUCACGAACUCGAAUUGAUUCACGAGACUGUGUCCAAAUUGCCGCCAAGUUCACAAGGCCGUAAAUCUGCCAUUGUGACUCUAAGCCAAAUUCUCAGUGCACGUUUGGACCGUACAUUACCUACCUUCCGCGUGCACGAAUCCCUGCUUAGCAUGCGGCGAACAGCAUUUUCACUCAGUACAGUCUCUCGACCAUCAAUCACAAGUCAAAUUGGUCAAUCGUGGUUAGCGAGUGCCAAAAUUGCUCGAAAAGCCGGACAGUGGCAGACCGCAUACAGUGCAAUGCUACAAGCGCAAUACACCAACGCUCGAUUUAGUUUCAUGGAAAGUGGGAAGCUGGUCAGAGCACGGGGAGAGCCGUUACGCGCGCUACAAGAACUCGAAAACUCCAUGCGUCUCUUAGGUUUCGUAGACAACAAUACUGUGGACUUGACAAGAGAAGAUGAACAGUCCAAACGGAUGAAGGCAAAGGUACGAACACAAUUAUCGGAUGAAUGUAGCUCACAAUAUCGCAAUCAGGCGCAAAUUCUCCUUGCACGUUGGAUGAACGAGUCUGAUCGAUACGAGGCUUCCUACGUGCUCAAGCAGUUUCAGAGCGCCGCUGACUCAGCUCCAGGAUGGGAGAGUGCAUUUUACCACCUUGGCCACUUCCAGGAUCAGUGUUAUAGGAAUCUAUCAGUAGACGACAAGUCAAACCGCGGAAUUAAAAUGAACUUUCAAACCAUCAAAUGUUUCACAGAAGCUGCUGCUUAUGGAAACAAAUUUGUAUACCAGACUGUUCCUCGCUUGCUCACCUUAUGGCUAGACAUGGGCGAGCGCAAGGUGACAGCGGAAAAUCCGUUAUUUGAUAAGAUCAACAACGUCGUUGCCAACUCCAUCGAUAGCAUCCCAGUAUACAAGUGGUUCACUGCAUUCCCUCAAAUCGUGUCUCGAAUCGGGCAUCCCAAUCGCAUUGUAUACUUAGUCUUAUCCAAACUUAUUUCAUCGGUCAUCCGAGAAUACCCCCGUCAAGCGCUUUGGUUCUUCGCGUCAGUCGUUAACUCGACGAAACCCACUCGCCAGCAACGCGGAAGAACAAUAUUGGAUCAGCUGAAAAACAGCCCAGCAAAUACUGACUCUAACUUCCCAAACCUUAUCACAAGUCUUCACGCCAUGAUUGACGAGCUUCUUCGACUUUGUGAUUACUCCAUCGGCGACCGCAAGACGCUCAGCAUGCGCCGAGAUUUUCCCAAGCUACUUGGAAUGAAAGAGAGCAAUAUCCUCAUUCCUUUGCAAUCAUCAUUGACAGUCAACCUCCCGCCUGUCUCGUCUAUGAAUCACCGUGACAAACGACAUAAUCUUUUUGACCCUUUGUCGCCCACAUUUACUGUCUUCUACGACGAAAUUGAAAUCAUGCACUCGUUGGCCAAGCCACGAAAACUCACCGUUAACGGUUCCGAUGGUAUCAAAUAUAUGUUCCUUGCCAAACCGAAGGACGAUCUGCGGAAGGAUGCGCGCCUUAUGGAUUUCAAUGGGAUCAUCAAUAAACUCCUCAAGACUAACUCUGAAUCUCGGAGAAGGCAACUUCAUAUUCGGACGUAUGGCGUAGUGGCGCUGAAUGAGGAAUGUGGUGUUAUUCAAUGGGUACCGAACACUAUACCUGUGCGACCCGUACUGUUGAAAUACUAUGAGACGAGGAAUGUUCCAGCUUGGAAGCAGUCUAAGGAGCUGAAUGAUGUCACAAGGCACAUCAAAGACGGUACCGAUAAAGAAGCAGCUGAACUUUUUGUGACCAAAAUUCUUCCUGAAUUUCCUCCGAUCUUUCACGAGUGGUUCGUGGAAACAUUCCCUGAGCCGUCGGUAUGGCUAGCUAGUCGCCUGAAUUAUGGGCGUACCAUGGCAGUGAUGUCAAUGGUCGGAUUCAUCUUAGGGUUGGGAGAUAGGCACUGCGAAAAUAUCCUUCUGGACACCAACAACGGAGACGUCGUUCAUGUUGAUUUUAACUGUCUCUUCGAGAAGGGCAAAACGCUCGAGACACCCGAACGGGUUCCUUUCAGACUUACUCAAAAUCUUGUUGACGGUCUUGGAGUAACUGGCAUAGAAGGAGUCUUCCGUAUCGCCUGCGAAAUUACAAUGCAACUCCUCCGCGAUAACAAGGACCCCCUCAUGAAUGUUCUCGAUGCAUUUAUACAUGAUCCGCUGGUCGAAUGGGAGGAUGAGACGAGAAAGAGACGCCGCAAUGCCAAGGACAAGGAUAAAGACAAAAUGAAUUCUGCCACCGUCAAGCCUGCCGAUUUGAGAUCAUGGGCCAAGACCGCGCUGCGGCCGAUAGAACGGAAAUUGAAAGGAUUAUAUUCCCCAACAAAUGUGAAGGAGCGGACCUAUGGAGGAAUCACAAGAGGAGGAGAAGACGAACGGGAAAUCUCAACAAGCAAUCUCGUCCAGAUGCUCAUACAAGAGGCAAUCGACCCCGCGAACCUAGGCAAGAUGUAUCCUGGAUGGGCUGCAUGGCACUAG